AUGAAGCGCAAGCGGAAGAACACUGAGAUCGUCUCGUCGAACAAGCGUGUCCGUGGUACCAGGCCACCCCCGACAGUUGCCUUGCUCUCCCAGUACUACAGUCGCGUCUUAACGCUCCGGGAGUAUCUCUGCUCGCAGCUACCAGGCUCGAAGAGGCGAGCUCGCAUUGUAGCACAGUAUGGACGGAAUGACCAAAAGCUCACUCGCCAUGACAAUGCCGACCAUGAUGCUGAAAUUACGGUACUGCUAGACACAACACUAGUAGGCACUUCUGUCCAAGCGAAAGCCAUCGAAGAUGUGGGCAGAGAGAUCGCCACAUAUACACAGCAGAUCAGUGAAGACUCUACCAUUGAAAUUAGCCCGACUCAGGGCGCUCUCAAACAAGCAGAGAUCGUCAGCUUUGUCGUCUGGAAGCUGUUCAAUCGAUCAAGCAACCACAGCCGUGUCACUCAUCUCUUAUGCCGUGGCUACCAGCGUUCAACCACUGCUAGCGAUGGGGUCAUCUUAAGAGCGGUGCCUAGCGUUCCUGGCGUCAUGUCCAACGGCCAAAGUACUUAUGCUGAGUCUGUACGGCAACAUCCCUGGACUGGACUGCCGGCCCUUUUGGGACGAAAGGCUGAGAGAAUCAUCAGUAAUAUGCUGAUGGAGUGUGGUAUCUUCCUACUUGUAGGGGACACCAGCAAUGCACGUCAGAUAAGCGGCAUCCCCAUGAGCGAAUUGAAAGUCCUGCGAUCCGGACCCACAGCACCUCCUGAAGACCACGGAGACCAGGCUCAAGCGAAGAGCAAUGUUCGUCCAGGAAGCCGUGGACUGUCAGAAAUCAAAUUCGUGCGACAUCGGAUGUUCUACGCCAGGCCAUCCAUGACUUCGAAAGGCCAGACUCGGCCAGGACUAUCUCAUGUACAUGCGCUCCAUUGUAUGCGUGACUUCAACAGCCAUGCAGAAACUGUCCAUUGCAUGAAGUAUAUCUUUCCGAGGCAGUUCGGUCUACACAAUGUCUUCACCUCCGACACCGACCAUACCGAUACUGCUCAGCCUUUCAAGGACUAUACGCUGCGAGAAAAGGAGAUCGCAGCAGUACGGGCGCAGGCUAAGCGCAGAGGUUACUACAACGUCAAUGAGAAUCGAAGUACGAAGAUAGACGCACUCCCGAAGCGACUCAGGGGUCAACCAUUCGAGCUGGUACGCAGACUUCGUGGGAGAUUCGCCAGAUGUCCUUUCGACGCUCUGCUUGAACACCAUUGUCCUAGACGAGAUGUUAUUGAUACAAGUCCUGGCACAACUGACUGUGCGUCCCCUGUUGGACAAGUCUCGUCCUACUGUCGGGCAGUUAUCCAAAAAGUCUUCCCUAGCGAGCUUUGGGGUAGCGGUACAGCGGGACGAGCCAACCAAAUAUCUAUCAUGGGAAGCAUCGACAGAUUCAUACGACUUCGGCGCUACGAAAGUGUGAGCCUGCACGAUGUACUUCAAGGCGUCACGAUACUCGACAUCGACUGGCUUGAGCCUCCGAAAAUCAGUUCAGAGCUCAACAUUAGUGCGACCGAUUUCGACAAACGACGAGAGCUGCUAUGUGAGUUCAUGUACUACAUGUUCGACUCCUUCCUAAUACCUCUGAUCCGCAAUACCUUCCACGUCACGGAAUCUGGCGCACAUCGGAACCAACUGUUCUACUUCCGUCACGACACAUGGAAGGCCAUUUCGGCGCCUGCACUCACGUGCUUGAAAGCCAACAUGAUGGAGGUGUGCGGCCCGGCUACAAUCAAAGGUAUGUUAGCUCAGAGAUCGCUUGGAGUCAGCCAGAUCCGCCUGAUGCCCAAGGAGAAGGGCAUGCGUCCAAUAAUCAACCUACGUCGACGGGUGCAACGACUACAACGGGGCGAGGUCGUACUGGGACGGAGCAUUAACAGUCUUUUGACGCCGAUGUUCAGUGCUCUAAACUUCGAAAAGGCCCAGCGACCUGAUCUGCUCGGCUCGGCUCUCUUCUCGACUGAUGACAUCUUCCCACGCCUACAGGGUUUCCGAGAACGGAUUCGCACGCAGAGUGGUUGCGGGAUCCCACUGUACUUUGCCAAGGUUGAUGUGCAGUCGUGCUUCGACACUAUACCACAAGCUCGCCUCAUGGCUCUCGUUCGAUCAAUCAUCGGCGAGGACGGCUAUAGUAUAGCCAAAUACGCUCGGGCGAAGAUGCUAGGAGGACAAAACACCGAAACACCAGGUUUCGGCGCGCGUCCGUCGUGGAGGUUCUUGACCAAGGCAAGCACUUCAGACACGGCACAUGACCUCGCCAUUGAGUCAGCGGCUGAUGCCGCAAGUGGUCGCACGAGGACGGUCUUUGUUGAUGGUAUGGUACAGAGGCGCGAGAGUCGCAAAGCCAUACUAGAUACUCUCGAGGAACACGUCCAGGCCAAUCUGAUCCGAAUUGGAAAGCGAUACUAUCGACAGAAAGAGGGGAUUGCCCAGGGAUCUAUUGUCUCAAGUUUGCUUUGCAGCUACCUCUACGCAGAUCUGGAGCGGACGGCUUUGGGCUUCCUGAACGACGGCCAGACCCUGCUACUACGUCUGAUUGACGACUUCCUGGUUAUAAGCACUGAUAAAAAGAUUGCCGACCGUUUCUUGCAUGUCAUGCUUGCUGGUCUACCGGAUUAUGGCGUCCAAGUAAAAGCUGAGAAGACUCGAGCGAACUUUGACUUUCGUGCUCGUGAUGGAGAUAUCGCUAGGCUUCCUGCACAGAGCGACUUCCCGUAUUGUGGUAACGCUAUCAAUACUGUCACAUUGGACAUUCGUAAGGAUCGAGAACGGCGACUGAAGAGUAAUAUGGCUGACUCGGUCACGGUCGAGUACACUAAUCUGCCCGGACAAGCAUUCUAUCGCAAGAUCCUCAAUGCCUUGAAGCUGCACAUGCAUGCUAUGCUGUUAUCGACCAAGUACAACAGCCUGGCAACCGUGUAUGGGAAUAUCUAUCAUGGUUUCCUUGAGGUUGCACAGAAGUGCUAUCAUUAUAUUAGAUCAUUACAGACGACUAAGCAGCCUGGUGAGAAGUUGCUUAUUAAAACUAUAGACGACACGAUCAAGCUGGCCUGCGUUUUGAUGAAGCAUCGCAAGACUACUGGCAAAGAUGCCAUGCCAUACGAGUGCUCGGUCACCCAUGCGCAGACAAGAUGGCUCGGAUGUACAGCUGUUACGAGCGUAUUUCAACGACGCCAGAGCAAGUUCUCCGGGGUGUUGAAGUGGUUAAGGAGACAGCUAGAGUUGUCGGAUGUCAAAUUGCAGAGGAGAAUGCUGGAGAGGGUCGUGAAGCACUAUGAGGCGGCGAUAUGA